AUGGAUCCAGCAAGCAUCUUCAGGCAAGGCCUCGGUUCUGUCCCGUCUCGUUCAAACCAACCAUAUACAGCACAAUAUCAGAGAGCCAAAGGACCGAAUGACGACCUUUCCGACGAUGAUGGCUCAGCUCAACGCGUUGCUCACACACUAACAGCCUGCUGCCGCUGCCGUCAGCGUAAAACACGCUGCGAUCCUUCUUUGCCCCGAUGUUUGCCUUGUGAGAGGUCUGGGUCAAUAUGUGAAUAUUUGGAUACCGCCAAAGGGAAGAAGAUUAACCGCUACUAUGUCAUCAAGCUUCAAGACAAGGUGAGGGCACUCGAGGCUGAGCUGGCCCAGUAUACCGACGACGGAAAUGACUAUCCUAAAACUACCGAAGACAUUGUUCGUCCUGGUGGCAUGAUUCGCCUCAAAGCAAGUGACGAAACGUCCAGAUAUCUGGGGCCAAGCAGCGGCAUUGCUAUGACUAGGCUGUUGAUGGAGGAGGCCAAGCGGUACACGGCGUCCAACCGUAUAUCUGAUCUUAUACCCGAGGUUAGAGCUAGAGGCCAAGCCCGGAUGCAAUCCAUUCAGAUGACAGGGCCUCCCAGCGGGAGGAAGAAGAGCUAUCCCAUGCUGAGUGAGCGUCCUGCUGAUGGUCUACCAUCUCGAACAACCAUGGAUAGGCUUAUUGAGUUGUUCAUUCAAAAAUCGCAAGUAUUUUGGCCCGUCCUCCACGAGAAAAUUUUCGAGAAGGAUGUGGAAGCAGUCUACAAUGGAGACGAAGACCCAUACAAAAACUUUGUUGUUCGAAUGGUUAUUGCUAUCGCCCUACAAAAGUUUGAUUCACAAUAUGCAGGAUUGGCGGACAGCUACUAUUUAGCUGCUAUGAAAUAUGCCGAAGCCGUCAUUCGGCCCAAGGAUCUCAACACCUUGCAGUGCUUAGUCCUAAUCGGCCAUUAUUCGCUUCUGACGCCCACGAGAACACCAGUGUAUUACGUUAUCGGCCUUGCAACGCGAAUCUGUCAACAGGAGGGCUUAACAGAUGAGCAGACAAUCACCGCAGGAUAUAAUAUUAAUGCUCAAACAAUCGACUUACGUCGACGCCUGGUAUGGAUUAUAGCAGUUAUGGACUUUGGUUUAUCUUAUCAUAUGGGAAGACCCAGUGGAUUUGCAACAGGGAACGACAAGCUGGACGUGUCUAUUUUCUCCACAGCUGAUGACGAGCACAUCACGGUGAAUGGAAUCAGUGCUGGCGCUCCCAGUCCACGAAAAACUUUCGCUGCCCACUUCUACAAAUCAAGGGAACUACAAACAGAAAUCCGAAGAACUCUGUAUGAGCAGAAGCGGCCAGAACCGAACAACGAUUCGCAUCCGUGGUACGGCGCCAUAGAAAGGAAGCUGAAGACUUGGGUGGAUGGUGCGCCUGACCAGCCGCAAUGGAGCCCUUCCUGGUUCGCAAAUUUUUAUCAUCACACUCGCGUAGUUCUCUACCGCCCCUCACCACAGGUUCCCGUGCCAUCCGCUAGGGCAGCUGCGCUCUGCUUUGACAGCUCUGCGUUUGUUAUCAAUCUGACAGAAAAGCAAAUGAGCAGUGCAUUCUUCAGCAUCACUUGGGUGCUGCUGCUAAUGCUCACAUCAUGUUUAAAUGCUCUGCUAUGGUCGACGUCGUACCCCGAGGUUCGUCAAUCACACCCUCGACAGGAGGUAGAGGAGCUCGUAACUAGGGCGCUGGCAUGCCUCGACAAGUGCGCUGAGAGAUGGCCUGGCACCGGCUACACAUCUCAGCUAUACAGCAUCAUAUCCAAGACUUGUUUGCAAAGCUACGACAGAGUACCUGACAGCCAACAGCCAGUGUUCUCGUUUGCCAGUCCGUCAUCUGUCACUGAGCCACAAUCGUCGCCUGAGAGUUAUGCACCGACUGCGACUUCUCAGCAACUUCCUUACUUGAAUCCCCCUCAAUUCGGGUUUGUGUUUGAUUCAUCUCCGGAAUCAAUGAAUACGUACACGUUUGAUCCAAAUUACCCACCGCCCCAGCCGACCUUUAGAUCUAACUCGAUCUUUCGUAACCCGGCAACUGAUGGCAGUGGGAGGAGGUUCUCUUACUUCCCACCCGAAGGAGCACCUGAAGAUGUUGCGCAAUCUGCUGCACCUUCUUCCGUGGACCCGUCAAAGCAGAUUCCCACGCCGCCUGAGUCGAUACCAACAGGUACCCUAUCGGCUGCUACUCCUAGCACGACCUUGUCACCGCAAAACCUUCCGCUACAGACAUCUGGUCUAUCUGAUGCUGCGUCCGCACCCCGUGUGGUGCCUAUGAAUGACCCCGUGUCGCCGCCUCAAGGCGGGCAGGCAACGCAAGUAACGCCGAAUUUCACCACAGCCCGACCAUCCGUGCCUCAACGACCCUUACCAGUUGCCACGUCUUCUGCAGACUGGUUCUCUCCUCCAGCCCCCUUCAUUUCGCCAUACAACUUUGGGCCCAUGACCAGCAACUUUUUCAACGAUGCAAUGCCCAACAAUUUUGCCGAGACACCAACGGGUAGCCUCGGCGGAUUGCAGAACAUACCUACCGGUUUUGAUGGCGCAGGACAAUACGGCUUUCUUCCUGGGAGACAAGGUAGUCUGACGCACUCUCAACAGUUGGAACUGAUGAAUGCCUUGGAAACAGAAGGCGUGGGUGAUAUUGAUGCCUUUUUGAGCGCCGGAAACAACAUGGCUGAUGUCAGAUGGUACUAG